UUCACAUUUCGUGUCUGAAGUACAAAAGAUCUGGUAUAUAUUAUUUACCGGGUAGGAUUCUUAAAAUAACCCAUUGGGGGUGUGUCCAGCAAGUUAGAUCUAUAGCCAACUGGGAAGUGCAAUUACUUCAAACAGCUCACAUGUACAGUGAUACACACAUGUACAGGACAGUGUUGUAUCAGUUUUCUAUAUCUACCACACAUAUAUUGACACACUGUUGUAUAAUAUGUGCCUCUGGCCUUCUGGGACAUUAUUACUUGUGAGAAAUUUCACUCUCAGUGGUAUACUCAUUAUAAUGUGAUAUUAAUUAUGUGGAUCAGGAUAUAUGGCGAGUACUGAAUAAAUUACCUUAGGAUUUUUACCUGGUGUAUACACACACCUAGCUGUAGAAUCUGCCAAGCAAAGACAGGGAAAUAUGGACAGAGACAAAGACUUUUCUAGAAUAGCCAUGGAACCCGUGUUUCAUGUGGAACAAAAUCCAGCUGGCAGUAGACACAGGUCUGAUAAUGGUGAUUUUGACAAUGAUGGGAGGCAUGUAAAAACACGUAAUUCCAGCAGUGAUGGGGGAGGUACACUGGUACGAAAAAGACGCAAGUCAUCACGCCUUCGUGGAGAAGAUGGUCAGUAUGAUGACUGGGAUGAGGACGAAUCAGAGAUGUUGCCAAGUUUACGAUUCCAACAACGAUCUCGUACAAAAUCACUGAAACAGCGACAUCGGGAACUGCAAGAUGAACAUGUACAAACUCACAACAAUAAACCACAGACACUACGGGAACGUUAUGCCGAGAUGAAGGAACGAGAGGAAGUGACAGCCGGCAAUCUAGCUGGCUUGAUGAGGGCCAGACGUAGUAACGACAUAGGGUUGAGAGACUCCACUCUGACCAGGAUGAAUAGGCUGAACAUGGGCAAGGAAUCCAAGACUUGGUUCCGGGUAAAACGAGGAGGCAAGGAAGUGAUGCAGCACUUCACUAUAUGGCUGAGUGUGUUCAAAGAAAUUGAGGGCUCCUAUGGAACAGCCAUUAUGACCUACUUUCGGUUUAUAAAGUGGUUGAUGUUUCUUAACUUCUAUAUUAUGAUAAUAAUGUUUGGAGUGAUCACAGUGCCAUAUUUGGCCCUGGGGCCCUACAAGUUUGAGGAAUCUGUUAGCCCCGAGGUUGGGGGAUACCUCCAGUCUGUCAACUGUACGCUGGACUACGUUGACUAUAACAUCAACUAUACAAAUUCAGAAUCCACAUUUGAGAAGGUCCUCGAUGUUCUACAGGGAACGGGUUGGAUGGAGAGGAGGCUUCUUUUCUAUGGAGUGUACUUCAACAAGACUUACAAUGCUGGGGACGAUAAAGAGGUCUACAACAUGAGCCUGGCCUAUCUACUGGCUGUAGGAGCCAGCUUUGUCAUCAGUUUUCUUCUACUUGUCAAAAAUUCUGCUAAGAAUGUAAAGGUGACCCUGGGGAUAGAGAAGACAGUGGCUCAGUACAGUAAUAAAGUGUUUGCUGGCUGGGAUUACUGUAUCAAAGAAGAAAGGGGUGCAAACACUAAACAGGCCUACAUUAAGACGGAUAUGAAGGCUGACCUUCAGGAGCAGAGGCUCAAGCUCAAGCUGUCCAAACAGACAAUGAAGGACAAAUGCCAGCUGUAUAUGAUUCGUAUCGUGAUCAACAUCCUGGUGCUUGCUCUCCUAGGGGGCGCCUGCUACCUCAUCAUCUUUACCACAGAGAAAAUGUUGGAUUUAUUAAAGAACGACCUAUCCGACAUUCUGGCCCUCUUUGUACAGUAUGUGCCAUACAUUACCAUCACAGCGCUCAACCUUAUGCUGCCUUUUGUCUUUCAAAAGCUAGCUCAAUUUGAACGCUACUUCCAUGAAAAUGAGAUAAAAAUCACAUUAACAAGAUCCAUCUUGUUACGACUGGCCUCCCCAAUUGUACUGAUAGUUAUCCUGUAUCGGCAGCUGAUUGGAGAGGGGGAGGAGGAAGAUCUUGGGCGGUGUGGCAAUACUCGCUGGUCAACCAGCUCUGGGGGCACUGUUAAGGGCAAUGUCAAGUGCUGGGAGACGUACGUGGGACAGCAGAUCUACAAGCUGGUAUUGUUAGACUUGAUUGUGGAGACUGGCAUUGUGCUAUUUGUACACCUGCCACGCAGGUUGAUAUUUAAUAAGUUUAGUUCAAAAAGUAAGCUGGUCAAACUGAUUGGAGCUCAGGAGUUCAGUGUCCCUAUCAAUGUGGUGGACAUUAUAUACAGUCAGAUCCUCUGCUGGUUGGGUUUGUUCUUCAGUCCUAUCAUUCCCUUCAUGGCAUUCGUCAAGUGCUUCCUUUUCUUUUAUGUCCGAAAGUUUUCCUUAUCCAAUAGUCAUAUGGAAGAUCGUCCCUUCAGGACAUCACGCUCCAACUCACUGUUCAUGACAGUGUUACUGCUAUCCUUUAUAUUGGCGGUACUCCCGAUUGGCUACAUGAUUGGGAACAUCGCUCCUAGUCAGAGUUGUGGCCCUUUUCGUGUGUACAACUCUACAGAGAGUGUGAUGUUUGAUACGAUUACCAACACUGUACAACAAUGGCCACCAGUUGCCAGGGAGAUUUUCUACUUUGUGGGUACAGCAGGAUUCCUUGUUCCGGUUAUCAUCGUUAUGUGCCUUAUAAUGUAUUACUAUUGGCUGCUGGGGUCGGGCUACAAGAGGACAGAGAAACUACUUCAACACCAAUUAGUACUGGAGGGACGAGAUAAAAACUACCUCCUGGGACGAGUGAAAGAGUACCAACUCCUGCGGCCAAGGGAUGACAGCGAGGAUGUAUUUGACUUUCUGCAGACAGAUGUACUAGCAGGCACUUAACAAAUAUCAUUAAUCUCCUCUUACUUUGUAAGGGAAAACGUCUCACAUAUACUCAGGGUAGGGUCAAAUCUACAAUUCUUAAUGUAUUUAAAACGGUGCUUCUCUUAUGUGUAUCUAGAAGGUUCAGUAGCAGUGAAGGAAACCAGUAUAUGUUUUAUGUAAAGAGAGUUUAUCUUGUUAAAACAAUGUCAACAUUUGUAUUUUCAUGGAUACAGGACAUUUGUUGUUUUGUAAUAUUUCAUGUAUAUAUGGCAUUAAAUUAAAAUCAAAUGAUUUAUUUUAACAUAUUAACAAAAUGCAGUACAUUUUUUUAUUGUAAAUUACAAUGAUUUAUCUAUAUGGAAUCUGAAGUGUAUCAUCAAUGUUCCUUUACUUAAACAUUUUCAUACGAAAGCAUUGUUCUGAUUCAGGAAAAAUCUGAGUUAAGGAAUUUUGCUCAAAUUCUGAAAUGCUUACCUUAAAUUUUAUGUUAAGGAACAUUGAUGAAACUAUUUGUUUAUAUUAGUGUAUAUUUCAACUAAAAAACAAGCUUAUCCGAUCAUGCAUGAUGGUAGUCAAAUAUGUCACUGAGGACUUGUAAUCAUUGUAUUUUCUGCAACAUUGCAAAUUGCUAUGAUAUGUUUUAUUGAUGUGAAGAAAAUAAUAACAAAAAAGGAUUUCAGAAACAGGCAGAUGCCUAGUAUGCCAUAUACUAAAGAAUUAGUAAGUUGGAAAUACUUGUGCCCGAUCCCCAAUGUCCUUGUUUAUGACAAAUACAAAUAUAUGUUUAAACUAAACUAUUCUGGAAAUGAAAUGUUUGGAACGGUUAGUUUAUUGAAAGUGAGAUUAAAACUGCUCGAGUAUGAUUUGGGCAGAUAUACAAGAAUUAAUUGGAAUGUCCAUUUAUUGGGCAAACUGGUGUUGUUGACAACUGUAAACUUUUUUUGUAUUUUAUAACAGUUGUGAAACAACUUAUACCAACUAAUAUUAAUCACACUUGUUGGCCCAGAUGAAGGUCUGCAGGGGGUCUUACUAUUGAAGGAAAUUGAAGUAGCUGGUGAAAACCAAAGUAGUCUAAGGUAGGUGGUCCCCAGGUCUUCCCAAUUAAUCUGGGGAUUGAACCCAAGUCGCCUAGGUUAAAGGCCAGUGUGUUACCGCUGUACCAACCAACAAAUCCCCACCACCCUUGUUGAAAAGAGUUUGUAUGGUAUAUUGUACUCCUGAAGUGUUCCAUAGAUUUCAAGGAGUCUUAGUUUACUUAUCAUUAUGCAAGAUAGUUAUGUGCUCAAAGUAGUUAUACAUUGAUAUGGUGUUUUUUUUUUUGUCGCUUAUCCAAUGAAUAUUAACGCAUUAAAGAAAGGUGUUCAUUCUGCUGUUUGUUACCAAUGAACAUUAUUUUUCAUUUCAUUAAAAUUCAGUCUAUGUACUGCAUCAGACAAUAUGUUUGCAACAGAGAAUUGUUUUAUCUUAUUCUGCUGUUGUACAAUCUGUUUCAUGUAUUUUUAUAUUAUAUACAUACAAAAUUUACUAUCAUAUGUUCAUCUUUGUAUUAUUCUAAUUUUGUUACAAUAUUUCAUAUUCAUUAUAUGUUGGUUAUUAUUAACUGUGCACGGCACUGAUUUGUUUUUCACAUUAAUGCAUUUACUUUUAACGGUAAUCUCAAGUCUUCCUCUUCACAAUUUAAAUGUCUUUCAUAGUGAAACAUGCAAUUCAUGUUCUGGAUCUUUUCCCCAGAACAAUAAGUUGAAAUAAUUCAUUAUAUAUAUUUACUGUAUGUAGUUUUAAUGUCACAGGUAACGAAGCGAGACCCCCAUCUUAUCCUCAAAAUUCAAGGGGGUACAAUCAACGUUAAGAGGAGGUAACUAAUUGGGGACCCUUGGAUUUUGAAGUUGUACUAUCUGUACUACAAAAACCAUUAUUACGGAACAUUCCUGCUCUCCUCAUAUGAUGUAUGUCAUGUUAUUUAUGGCAAUAUAGAUAGUAUUUACAUCUGUAAGCACAUACUUCAUUAUACAUCAAUAAUCAAUUGAUUAAUAUGAACAUAUUAAAUAAAAUUAUUUUUCUACAGGUUCAA